AAGCAAAUCUAGUCAGUCAAGUUUUUUCUGCACUGACCGGCUUAAUAGACACCUCAGUGCCUCUCAAGCCAUCACACAAACGUUCUUUCACCCGACCGACACACCGGCUAAAUAAGAAAAGAAAUCAAUUUUAGUGCGCGGCGAAACCUUCAGUGUUCUACACGUUAUACAAAAGAAUCUGCAAAUAUGCCACCAAACGCUACUUCAGCAACACAACAAGAAAACAUUCCCACAACAUGUGCCGAAGCAUCAUCAACUGAGAAUUUGAAGGCUGAUGGAACCCCAGAAACUACUGGAGUUUUAUUCGAAUGCGAUGCCGAAACUGUUGAUGGUGGAUUAGCCAAGGAUAUUGUUAGUUUGAAAAAAGCUGAAAAGCGAAAGCUUAAACUUGUAUGGAGAAAUAUUUUGGCUUUUGGUUACUUGCAUUUGGCUGCAGUUUAUGGAUUGUGGUUGAUGUUGACAUCAGCUAAAUGGGCUACAAUUGGAUUUGUUGUUGUGCUUUACUUCAUUUCUGUACUUGGAAUCACAGCUGGUGCCCAUCGUCUAUGGGCCCAUCGUUCAUACAAAGCUAAAUGGCCACUACGUUUGAUUUUGAUCAUCUUCAACACAAUUGCCUUCCAAGAUGCCGCUUAUCAUUGGGCACGUGAUCAUCGUGUGCACCAUAAAUUCUCAGAAACUGAUGCUGAUCCACAUAAUGCUACUCGAGGAUUCUUCUUCUCCCAUGUCGGUUGGUUGUUGUGCAAGAAACAUCCCGAUGUUAAGGCUAAGGGAAAGGGACUUGAUCUAUCUGAUUUGAAAGCUGAUCCUAUUCUAAUGUUCCAAAAGAACCAUUACAUGAAACUCAUGCCAGUCGCCUGCUUUAUCCUGCCAACUUUGAUCCCAAUGUUCUUCUGGAAUGAGAGUUUCCUCAACUCCUGGUUUGUUGCCACCAUGUUCCGUUGGUGCAUUUUGUUGAAUGUCACAUGGUGCGUGAACAGUGCAGCUCAUGCUUUCGGCUACAAGUCUUAUGAUGCUUCAAUCAAUCCAUCUGAAAAUGUAGGAGUUGCAAUCUUUGCUUUGGGCGAAGGAUGGCACAACUAUCAUCAUGUCUUCCCAUGGGAUUACAAAACAGCUGAAUGGGGCAACUACUCCAUGAAUAUUACCACUGCCUUUAUUGAUUUCUUUGCUAAAAUCGGCUGGGCUUACGAUUUGAAGACUGUUUCCAAGGAAGUUAUUGAAAGGCGUGUCAAGAGAACUGGUGAUGGAUCACAUCCAACAUGGGGUUAUGGUGAUAAGGAUAUCACCAAGACCGAAGCUGAAGCUAUUUUGAUUAAAAAUCAAAAACAAGAAUAAGCUUAGAAAUAAAAUGUGAGACUUAACCAAUUUACCCUGAUGAUAUCGAACAAUUUCAAAAAAAAAUGCUUAGCUGCCACAACAAAUCUUUCUCAAGACAUCACGCUCGAGCAGGACAAAUUGCGUUGGCACUUUGUUCAAAAUUUAUUUUAAGCAUUGUUUUUGUUUCUGAGAAAAAUAAUAUAUAGUCAUAAUAAUGUAGGUUUAAAAAAAAAACAAAGAAGAUGAUAUUUAUUUAAAAAAAAAAAAAAACAAAAAGAAUAGGCUUAAGUGAGGUUACGAAGAAGGAAGUAUUGAAAAAAAAACUUGUAAUUAUAAAAUAUAAAAUAUAUUAUAUGCAUGAAUUUUUAUUAUAAAUGAACUUUUAUAAAACAAAA